AAAUAGCCAUCUCAGUAUGAGGCGGUCCUUCACAGAGAGUCAGAAAGAUCUGAAGGAGACUCUACUGGCUAAGAUGGACGAGUUGAUGGCUAUGGUAAAAGGAGCGCCCACACCUGCAGAGCCCACACCUGCACCGCAAAAUGAGGAACAACAGGCGAGUGAUAACGAAGAUGUCUUCCCAGAAGAUUGGGAAGCAGAUGAUAACGAGGCACCGUCAACUCCAUUGGACGCAAUCAUCACGGCCAUUGGGGAUACACAAUCACAGGACGAAGUCCUACUUCUACCUGCACCCCCAGAAAAUGUGCCAUUUGUGAGGAAGAGGAAGCCGCCAACGUACUUGAACGACUACACUGCGGAAAAGAAAAAGAGGCGAGUUCUUCCAGAGAACGUAGACCCGGAGAGACCAGCAGACCGUAGAUUGCUUCGUACGUUCAAGAGGUGGUUGAUUGGAGACAUUCCCAAUGCUCGACCUAGGAAUGUGCACACCGGUGUUGGCGAUGUGAAGUUCUUCACAGUUCUGUUUCUUAGGUCAGAGUGGCUUCACGAUGGGCACAUAGAUGCCAUAUCACACUUGAUGAGGAGGAGACGCCAUCAUUUUCCAGAGUUGUACCCUCAGCCAGGUGUGAUUCUGGACACAACACUUCCACAAUUCCUCAUAGGCAUUUGGAGCUGCCCGGAAUUCUUCAGUCACGUUGUUAAGGCUUUCUGCAGCGUUGUUUGUCAUGAUGUUGUACCUGUCUCCUAGACAAUAAGGACGAGCCCAUUUUUCUAAUCCUAUAUUGUCAACAUAAGCAGCGAUGGGAGGAUCCAUCUGUCGGAGCACCUGCAAAUGUCUAUCACAUUCCCUCUUCGACCAUGCGUAAGCGGCCAACCAUAUUUGCGUGUUACACACAUCAGUCUUGAACUUGUGGGUGACAUUCAUAGAAAUAUGUUUGUAGCAUGCACAAUGGCAUGCUUCGGGGAAAAUAACCUCGACAGCAUGUUCAAUGCUUUGAUGCCUAUCCGAUACAAACACUAAGUUUUCAACCUCCCCAAUCGCUUCCUUUAACUUUUGCAAGAAAUACUUCCAAGAGUCAUGAUUCUCGCUGUCAACAAUUGCAAAGGCAAUCGGAAACAGUUGGUUAUUUGCAUCGUACGCUACAGCAACUAGCAUUGUGCCCCCAAACCUUGUCUUCAAGAACGUGCCGUCGAUACUAAUCACAGGACGACAAAACUUAAAUCCCCUCCUACAAGCAGCCAGUGACCAGAAACAGUACUUGAACCUGUUAUCCUCUGUGAUAAUGUCUGUAAUAGUACCUGG